AGCAGUCCUUUGAGAAACAAGGUUUUCAUUCCGGUACUCCUGCUGCCUCCUUCAACUUGCCUUCAGCCCUAGGAAGUGGGGGGCCCAUCAAUCCGGCCACAGCUGCUGCCUACCCACCUGCCCCCUUUAUGCACAUUCUGACCCCCCAUCAGCAGCCGCACUCCCAGAUCCUUCACCAUCACCUGCAGCAGGAUGGCCAGACGGGCAGCGGGCAACGUAGCCAGACCAGCUCCAUCCCGCAGAAGCCCCAGACCAACAAGUCUGCCUACAACAGCUACAGCUGGGGGGCCAACUGAGGCCCUGACCCUCUUCUCCUGGUCCCAUCUUCUGAGAGGGCUUCUCAGCCUGGAAACUAUGGAAACAGCAUCAAAGAGAAAGGAAUGUGGGGGGGGGGGUUCUGCCACCCCCCACCCCCAGCGGCCCAUCCCAUGCCUCAGCUUCAUGUCUGUCCCAUUCCCAUACCAUCCCCACCCUGUUGUAUGUAUUAUAGGAUUUGUAUUUUCUCCUUUUUUUUUCCUUCCUUCCCUCUUCCUCCCUCCUCCUCCCCCUUGCAUUCAAGAUUAUGAAACUUUGCUGUGGGCCCUGCCCUUCCUUUGCUUCCUCCUAUUCACCCUGGUGGUGUAUGGGUGAGGUGGGGAGGGGGGACCCCUAAAUAUAUAUCAGCCCAACAGCCCUAAGUCUUCUUUAUUAUUAGGAAAACAAAACAACAACAAAAAAAGGCGUCAUGAAUAUGAACAGCAUUGUCAGAUGAAUUAGUUGAAGUGUUUUUUUUUUUUUGUACUGUGUCCUCAAAUUUAAUGGAUUAAUGUGUCUUGUAUAUAUAAAAAGAAAACCUCUACCUUCAGCCUCUGCCCAUUCUUGCUCCAUCUAGGACAUCCUCAGUCUCGUCGGUGACCAGCUUGGUGAAUAAGUAUUACCAUACCAACCGCCUCCUCUAGCAGGCCCCGGAAGGCAGUGGAAUAAAAUGAAAUCUUCGCCCUUUAAGAACUACUCUGACCUUAAUGUGCUAGUAGUAUCUUGUCUUUGAGGGGCUUCCCUUCCCUUCAUCCCUAAGACUUUCACAACCCGGUGACUGGAAAGAACCAUCACAAAUGUUCGUUUUCUUCAGAAACUGCUACAUCUACAGCAGAGUUCAGGCAGUAAAAAAAAAAGAAAAAGGAUAGAGGAGACUGGGUGAAAAGGUUGGGGAGGAUUAAGGUGGAGGCGAUACAAUUUCAAAGAAUAAAAGUGCCUUUAUGGAGGCGUAAGUUUGACUUUAGUUCGGUCUAGGCAAGUACAUUAAGAAGUGCGGGCGGCACAUGCUAGAGCUUUGGGGCCCCUUUCCCUCUAGUAUUGGACUACAGGAGUUCUUCCUUCUUGGAUGCUUUCAUGUGACAUAGCAUCCCAAUCCCUUGAAAAGGAGGGGUCUAGAGCAGGGUCUGGCAUGGGAACGGGGUACACAGGGAGGGACAGGUGGGUGGAGAGGCUGUAAAAGUGGUAUGAAAAAGAUACUUCCCAGUUCUCUGUUCCCUCCCAGGACUCUUCACUGGCUUCCCUUUUCUUACUUUCCUUUGUCUUGCUGGUUGCAGAGUCUGUUUAAGAAGCUUAAAAGAAUCCUUUAUGGGUUAUGACCUAGUAGCUAGGGAGAUGGAGGACGCUAGGUCUGUGUGUCCCCAUGCCUUUAACUCUGCAGAAGUCAGUGCUCAAAGGAUCUUGGUAAGACGUUUUGUCCAUCCCUCUAGUAGACACCACCCAGGCCAGUCUAGAAACAAACAGAACCAAGGAAGGGGUCGAGGGGGCUCUGCUGUCCGGCUGGCUGGCCCGGGUGUGGCAAGCGGGACGAAGGCGGGUCCUCGGCUGGCGCGGCUGUGCUGCCCCCUGGUGGCUGCAUCUGGUACGUCCAGAGUCAAGCCUUCCAAGCGCCUUUUUGGGCCUGAUUGUGUAGCAGGAAGGAGAAUCGACUUAGGAAAAAGGUGGUCCUUGGAAAAUGAGAGUUCGUCACGUCCACUCCCCUCGAAGGAAACUGGUCUCCGAAAGGUGGGGGGAGAUAAAGCUAUUCAAAUUGGUGAAAAGCCACCCGCCCUGAUUCCAGCGUCCAGCUUUACCGUCGUUUUACGACACCUCGCGGGCUUGCUUUCCGGCAGCGUGGAUGACGCCUCGCUCACUUCCGACAGCGCCGCGCAGGCUGGGGCGAAUGGCCGCUGGCGGGGUUCAAAGGUUCGAGUCCCAAUUCGGGAAUGAGCCUCUUUGACCUUUUCCGGGGCUUUUUUGGCUUUCCUGCACCUCGGAGCCACAGAGAUCCCUUUUUUGGAGGGAUGACUCGAGAUGAAGAUGAGGAUGAUGAGGAAGAAGAAGAAAGCGGCACAUGGGGCCAUGGAAGCCCAAGGUUUGAUGGUCCCCAUCCCUCUGAGGAAUUUGGCUUCGGCUUCAGCUUCAGCCCAGGAGGAGGGAUGCGUUUCCACGAUAACUUCGGCUUUGAUGACCUAGUACGAGAUUUCAAUAGCAUCUUCAGCGAGAUGGGGGCCUGGACCUUGCCUUCCCAUCCUCCUGAACUUCCAGGUCCCCAGUCAGAGACACCUGGUGAGAGACUGCAGGAGGGACAGACACUUCGGGACUCAAUGCUUAAGUAUCCAGAUAGUCACCAGCCCAGGAUCUUUGGGGGGGUCUCGGAGAGUGAUGCAAGAACCGAAUCCUCAAAACCAGCGCCAGACUGGGGCUCCCAGAGACCUUUUCAUAGGUUUGAUGAUGUGUGGCCUGUGACCCCCCAUCCCAGAGCCAGAGAGGACAAUGAUCUUGAUUCGCGGGUUUCCCAGGAGGGUCUUGGCCCAGUUCUGCAGCCCCAGCCCAAAUCUUAUUUCAAGAGCAUCUCUGUGACUAAGAUUACUAAGCCAGACGGGGUGGUAGAAGAGCAUCGGACUGUGGUGGACAGUGAGGGCCACAGAGAGACCACAGUAACCCGACAAGAGGCAGAUAGCAGUCCUAGAAGUGAUCCAGAACCACCAAGACCACCAACCCUAGAUGAUGCCUUUUCCAUCCUGGAUUUAUUCCUAGGACGUUGGUUCCGGUCCCGGUAGCCUUGUUAAACCAACCCCCAGAGGCCUUUGGAUUCUUUCCACCUCCACCCAUUGUCCACCAUCAAUAAGCUCAGCUCCGUCUCCUGCCACCUCAGGAGCUUGGAGAUGUGAAACGGUGAAUUGGGAGCAUGUCAGUAUGUCACUCACCCAAACUGGCCAAUAAAAAAACCUUUAUUUAUGCUAA